UGUCAUCACUGCAUGGACCCUGGAGCUAUACUUUAAGAAUAUAAGCCUGGAAGGCUUUUAUGCAGUUCCCUAUUAGAACGGCCGAACAACUACGCACACAGAAGUGGAGGCAACAUGAAGGGACAUGUUUGGAGGGGGUAAAAAAAAAAAAAGAAAGAAGAAGAAAGAUAACACAGGAAGUAGGAAGCGUGUUAAAGACAGGUUUUAGUAGUGUCUCAGCUUGGAGUUGAUCUGUAAUUCGUGUGUGUGAGUGUGUAUGAAUAUGCGUGUAAGUGUACAUGUGUUUGUCCAUGUGUGUGUGUGAGUGCCGGUGUGUGUCUGUUUUGUGUGUGUGUGAGAUGCUACACUGACCUGUCCUAAGAAGCGAGGACAAUGUCACUUAAACUACCUCGCAACUGGGACUUCAGCACCCUCAAGGCCGAGACUACUCGAAUAGCACGGUCCAAGAGCGUGAUGCCAGGCGAGGGGAUCCCAAACCCGGACUCACCGGGCUCUUCCAGGUCCAUGGAGAGGCCGCUGAAGGCUGGCUGGCUGAAGAAACAGCAGAGGUCCAUUGUCAAGAACUGGCACCAACGCUACUUCAUCCUGAGAGGAAGUACGCUGACCUACCACAAAGACGACAAGGAGAGCACUGUCCAGGGAGUCAUCCAGCUGAGGUUCAGUAAAGUUAACGAGCUCCCACAGAGUUCAGAUGAUCCUGGGAAGUGCCUGUUUGAGAUCAUACCACGUGGUAGUAGAAGCAGAGACAACUGUCCUUACGUCUUCAUGGCCAACUCCCAAACUGACAUGGAGGAGUGGGUCCGCGUCCUGCGCAGAGCCAUCGGCGUGCCCACCAGUGGAGUGUUUGGAAAGAGUCUUCCAGAUACAGUCACGUACGAGCAGCGCUUUGGGCCUCACUUCGUGCCGAUCCUGGUCCAGAAAUGUACAGAGUACAUCAGAGAACAGGGACUGAAUGAGGAGGGUAUCUUCCGCCUACCGGGACAAGACAACACCGUCAAACAGUUCAGAGAUGCCUUCGACGCAGGGGAGAGGCCCUCCUUUCCAAGUGGCACAGAUGUCCACACGGUGGCGUCACUAUUCAAGUUGUACUUGCGGGAGCUACCUGAGCCGGUGGUGCCCUGGACCCAGUACCAAGACUUCCUGGACUGCACCUCCAUGUUGGACCCGAACAGCAGGGCGGGUCAGGAUAAGUUGGAGAAACAAAUAGCGCUUCUUCCCAGAGUCAACUACAACCUUCUCAGUUAUAUAUGCAGGUUCUUGUUUGAGGUGCAGCUGAAUUCAAAAGUGAACAAGAUGAGUGUGGAGAACUUGGCCACAGUGAUGGGGAUUAACCUCCUCAAACCUCAGAUAGAAGACCCCAUCACCAUGAUGAAGGCGACUCCCCAGAUUCAGAAGCUGAUGACGGUGAUGAUCAGGCAGCACGAGGCUCUGUUUCCUCCCUCUAAAGACAUACUUCCUUCCCCUCCCACCACCAAGGCUGAGUGCAAGAAGAAUAAUGCUCCGCGUAGCUUUGUUGGGUGGGAGACCGUUGAGAUGGGUGAUGCAUCUCCAUCUGAGUCACCGGGGGAGGAGGAAGACAAUGAAAGUCCAGGCCAAGAUGAAGGUGACUGCUCGUCACCUUGCUCAGAUCCCUGGUCCGGAAGUCCCCGCAAACGCACCCAGACGAUGCCAACCAUCAACUGCCCUCUCCCAGGGAUGGUGGCCAAGCCUGAAGCCCUGAACCGGUGGAGCCGCAUCCAGGAGAGUGCAGAGGAGAAGAGCGGGACGUUUGCGGAGGACAUCUUCAAGAUCUUGGACCUCCAGAAUGCUUCGUUGUUUGGCAGUCCUCAGAAAGCGGCCACAAAGGAGGAAGAUACAGCUGUAGACUGCAGAGGAAGUGACGUCAUAGCUUCUUUUGAAGAUGCUCCUAAACCUGACGGUGACCCACGGGAUGCUCAGAUGCGGUCUUAUCAUCAGAGUGUAGAGGCUCUAAAAGUGACUACCUCAGUUCCUCCAUCAAACAGCAGAACUGAAAACCAGAAGGAAAGCCAUCAACACUCCCAACAGCUUAUUGAAAGUCUGCAGCAGGAGAACAAGGAGCUGAGGGCCUCAGUGGCUGAGCUGCAGCUCGCACUGAAGGAAAAGUGCCUUCAACUGGCGGCUCUGGAAACCUGCCUGAGGAACACCAAGCGCAGUCAGGACGAGGCCCCAAGAAAUCAGCUGGAGUUGGACAAUCGGGUCCAGUUCCUCGCAAGAAAGCUACAAGCUAGUAGCAGUAAAUUUAAAAGACUCACAAAGAGUUCAGACUUGUGA